AUGUCUGGCGAUGAAGAAGGAGCAUCAAAUAAUGAAUUACUUUUAGUUGCAGCUAAACAAGAUUCUGAAGAGAUUUUGGAUGAGAUAUUUUCUGAAUCUAGUACAUACGAUAUUAAUUAUAGUGAUGGUAUAGGAAACACGGCACUUCAUUAUGCUUCAAAGUUUGGCUCAUUAAGUGUCAUAGAAAAACUUUUAAAUCAACCAGGAAUUAAAAUUGAUCAAAAGAAUCGAUUAGAGGGAAAUACACCUUUACAUCAAGCUGUAGAAUAUAAAGAUGAUCCUUCAGUAUCAUAUGAAAUUGUUGACCUUGAUAAUCAAGAAUUAAAAAAUCUGCUUCAACAAGCUACUUUGGCUUUACAAAUGGUAUGA